GAGAGCCCAAAUCUAAAACCAAAGCAAAACGUGAGCGACUCUCCAGCUUGGUCUAAGUCCUUGUCCUCACGUUCCAUCUCUCCUCCUACCUUAUUAUUUGUAACCUCUAUUCUUUCAAUAAUAAUGUCCAAUAAACAAUCAAAUUCUCUCUUCUUCAGCUGAUUUCUUUCUUAAGUUUAGUAUUUUAUUCUCUCCGCCUUAUUCUCUUCGUUUUCGACGUGUUCAGCUCAAACUAGACGUCUUUCCAAGAAUCUUAAACCAACCCCAUUUAAGUAUUUUACCCAAAAAGCCUCUUUGUCAGGUUCUCUGUUUACAACAUUUGUGGAAUCGUACUAAUUUGAGCCACCGAAGAUUAUUACGUAUGUUGUUCAGUUGAUUGGAUUUGCGUACGCAUAUUGGAAGAGUGCAAAUUGAAGGAUCCAUUUGAAUAAGUAUCGCGGAGAGGAAAUCAAGAACGGGCUUUUUGGGGCGUUUGGUUUGCGAUUGCAUAGUAGAUGAGGAUUGAGUUUGAUGUGAAUUUUUGUUGCUAGUAAAAUGAACUAAUGAUAAGGUUCAACAAUGAAGUCCUUAAACAUGGAGAAGAGAUGGAUAUUUCCUUUGGUUAUAAGCUCAUUUGUGUGUUUCUUCCUUGUUGUAACCUCCUUUAACAUGGGCCUUAUUACUUCAUUACACACAUUCAAUUCAAUCUUUUCAAUUUUCCCAACUCAUGUCAAGAUAAAUCAAACCAACCCGUAUUUUGCUGAAUCGAAAAUUAACCAAGCUCCAGCCCCUCCUGCUGCUCCUCCUGUCCCCCGUUUUGCUUAUUUGAUAUCUGGAUCAAAGGGUGAUCUAGAAAAGCUUUGGAGAACGCUGCAAGCGCUGUAUCAUCCACGGAAUUAUUAUGUUGUUCAUCUGGACUUAGAAUCGCCUCCACAAGAGAGAUUAGAGCUUGCUUCUAGAGUGGAGAAAGAUCCCAUUUUUGCACAGGUUGGGAACGUGCACAUGAUCGCCAAAGCAAACAUGGUGACCUACCGUGGACCUACCAUGGUUGCGAACACUCUUCAUGCUUGCGCGAUUCUCCUCAAGAAGUAUACGGAUUGGGAUUGGUUUAUUAACUUGAGUGCUUCUGAUUAUCCACUGGUGACUCAGGAUGAUUUAAUAUACACUUUUUCUGAUUUAAAGCGAGAGUUCAAUUUCAUUGAGCACACUAGCCGGCUGGGUUGGAAAGAGGGUCAAAGGGCAAUGCCGCUUAUUGUAGACCCUGGGCUCUAUAAGACAACUAAGUCUGACAUAUAUUGGGCCUCACCUAAGAGAGCUCUUCCCACAUCCUUUAAGCUCUUUACUGGUUCAGCCUGGAUGAUCCUCUCUCGUGCUUUUGUGGAGUACUGCAUAUGGGGUUGGGAUAAUCUUCCUAGGACCCUACUUAUGUACUACACAAAUUUUGUCUCUUCUCCUGAAGGCUACUUUCAGACCGUUGUGUGCAAUGCCCCAGAAUUUGCUACGACUGUUAUUAACCACGACAUGCACUAUAUUUCUUGGGAUUACCCUCCACGACAGCAUCCACACACUCUCAACAUUAAUGACACAGCAAAAAUGAUUGGAAGUGAUGCUGCCUUUGCACGCAAGUUCAAGCAAGAUGAUCCCGUUUUGGAUAAGAUUGAUAAAGAACUCCUCCAUCGAAGCAAUGGAAGUUUCACACCGGGGGGUUGGUGUUCUGGAAAACCUCGUUGUUCAAAGGUUGGAAAUCUAACGAAGCUUAAGCCAGGUCCAGGGGCUAAAAGGCUUCGGCGUCUUAUUGGUAAACUAGUUUUGACAGCUAAAUUUAGUCAACACCAGUGUAAUUAGUUUUACUUUUCCUGCCUACUGAUGAAAAGGCGAGGGGGAAAGAGAUUCAUUUAAAGAGCCAGAGAAUAACAUGUUAACGUUAGAUUAUUUUGUAAUAUAUGAAGUUUGCCAUAUCCUUGCCACUA